UUAUGGGAAAUUGGUAGUUUUUGGUAGAACAAUGUUUCUUGUUCUGUUAUUUUUCACGAUUAUUUCACUCGCCUUGGCACAUCAAUGGAGAGCGAGAAAGCAGUUGCCUAGAGGUCCAUAUCCCCUUCCACUAAUUGGAAAUCUGCAUCAACUUCUCUACUACUGCUGGAAAAAUGGUGGACUAGUGGAAGGGUACGCGGAAAUUCAAAAAUCUUUCGGAAAAGUCUAUACAUUGUGGAUCGGACCCCUUCCCACAGUUUUCAUAGCAGAUUUUGAAGUGGCUCACGAAACUCAUGUGAAAAGAGCUCAUGAAUUCGGCACCCGAUAUGCACCGGGGCUCAUGAAUUAUAAUCGGUAUGAGCGAGGAGUCGUUGCGUCGAAUGGAGAAUUUUUUCAAGAGCACAGUAGAUUUGUUUUGUCGACGUUCAGAAAUUUUGCGUCGGGAAGGAACAUUAUGGAGGAGAGGAUUAUGGAUGAAUAUCGUUAUAGAUUCGAAGAUUUCGCAUCUUCAAAUGGAAUUUGCAACAAAGAGAGAAAAAUAUUUGAAACAUGGGCUCGCCCAUUUUUUGAUCUCCUCACAGGCAGUGUUAUUAACAAGAUUCUUAUCAACGAGAGAUUUGAGCAGAACGAUCCCGAAUUCGAGAAGCUUGUAUCCCGCUUGGCAAAGGGAUUCGAGAACACUGGUUUCUUAGAUAUUUUCUGUCCAGUGCGUAUCCUAGAGUCUCGAUUUUUGAAAUGGAGGCAGGAUACGAUAUUUGAACCAUUCAAUUACAUCUUGGAGCUGAAUAAAAAGAGCAUCGCCAGAAGGGUGGCUCAGUUGAAAGCGGAUGAACAUGUGCUCAGUGAUGACCCUGACGAUUUUCUAGAUGCAUACUUAUUGAAGAUGCAAAAAGAUAAAAAUGAAGGACUAGAAACAACUUUUACCCUUGAGAACCUCGCCGUAGACAUGUACGAUCUCUGGCUUGGCGGUCAGGAAACGACCUCGACAACCUUGAACUGGGCGUGCGCAUGUCUUUUAAAUCGUCCUGACGUCAUCACAACCGCUCGUGAGGAGUUAAUUCGAGUGACUGGAGGACACAGAUCACUAUCACUGAUUGAUAGGAGGGAGACACCGUAUCUAUCAGCUGUAAUCAGUGAAGUUCAACGCUUUGCAUCCAUCCUUAACAUGAACCUAUUUCGAAUUAUAAAAGAGGAUACUGUAGUUGAUGGUCAACCUCUACGGGCGGGAACUGCCGUGACAGCGCAUAUUGCAAUGAUCCAUGUGGAUGAGGAUUUAUUCAAAAAUCACACAGAGUUCAGACCAGAAAGAUUUCUAGAAAACGAUGAUCUCGACAAGAAACUUAUUCCAUUUGGAAUUGGCAGAAGAUCAUGCCUCGGAGAAUCACUAGCCAAGGCUGAACUGUACUUGGUCCUUGGAAACCUGCUCCUAGACUACGACCUGGAACCAGUCGGGGAAAUUCCGAAGCUCAAAACGUUGGCUCCAUUUGGGUUGCUCAAGCAAUCGCCGGAGUUCCGAAUUCGAUUUGUAGAAGUGGAAAAACAUUGAGAUUUUUAUAUUUAAAAUGCCUUGCAAAUAAAACAUGGUUUUUGGGAAA